AAUAUGAAUCUGUUACAUGCAUUAUUAUUUCUUUUUUGUCCAUAUUUAUUAUUGGCCAAAUUUUUUGUGAGUGUAAAAUUUAUGGUUUUACGUUUGUAAGUAUUGUUUUUAGAUUAUGGGGCCUGCUGCAAUAAAAUUCUCAAAAUUUAUUCAAUGUCCUGAGGUAAAAAUCACACCGGGAAAGUUUGGCGUUAAUUUCAGGAUGAUCAACAAAACGACCCAAGUGGUCACGGGUUAUUUAUUUAUUCCUGAAGACAUCGGCUACGACGUGUCGAUAUUUAUAAAAUGUGGAAAAAAGGAAAAUAAUAAAAUAAUGGCGAAUGCCUACACUUUGGACGAGAACCACGCCUGCGAUGUUUUGAACAGAUAUGUUGGUCCAUUGUGGUGGGACAUUGAAAGACAAGUUGGAUUGGAACAACAAAAAUGUCCACUGAAGAAGGGCAACUAUAGCGUUAAUAACUUGUACCUGGAUUUGUCCAAAAUGAAAAUACAAAUGAUUUUGCAAGGAAGCUUCUUUUCCAAAAUUAAAAUUAAAAAAAAUAAUCAACUACUUUUUUGUUUGGACGUCGAAAUGGACAUUUUUCCAAAAAAUUAAUUACUUAAGAAUUUGAUCUACUUUA